AUGACCUUCUCGUCGCCACUGAUCAAGAACUUCCACUCGAGAAAAUUCGUCACAAUGCCAUACGUCAAAGUAAGAUCUUCGACAUCACAAGAGCUUCGAGCCCCGUCACAUUCUGAACCAUUCCUUGCAGCAUAUCUUCACGCUUUGCUUGGACAAGUGAAAUUCGACUUCCCUGCUGGCUGUUUGCAGUUCAACGGGGACGACGACCAGCCCAACGUUGGGCCCUUCAUAGGCGGUGGCAUCAAGGACGACGAUGUGCGUGCCCCGUACCCUGACAACUACUGGUUUUCCUUCCCGGGCACAUGUCCGCUUCAGGGGUGGGGGGACAAGACGGACGAAUGCCGCGAAAGCACUCGCAAGGGUCUGUGCAGCUACGGCCAGGGUCCUGACGGUGUGGACUGCACCUUCGCCUACAACGUCUUGGGCUGGGUGACUAUCGACGAUAUUGUCGGAAUCACUGCCAUCGACAACCCCGACACGGGCUCCACGUUCGCCAACUUCACCGAGUGGUGCAUGGCUGACUCGAACAACACUGAGUUUGCUGCCAACGCCGACUCUGGCGAGAUGGAGACGGGGCUGCCCUUCUGGGAGGACCCACUCAACUCGACUGCCAACGCUGCCCGUGCUGAGGCUGCUGUGGCUAAAUUGAGGACACUUUAA